UCGACCCAGUUUGAAAGUGAAGCAACGGCUCCAGUCUCCGCCACCAAACAUCAACAACAGCCCGAACCUGACACCCGAACCCGGCCAUCAGCUCCAACCUGCACCGGCCUCCUCACGAAGGCCGCCAAUAUGAUGCGUAAAGACGUCAACAAGCCGAAGGGGAAGACGUCAGCGUACGCCUUCUUCGUCCAGACGUGUCGAGAGGAACACAGGAAGAAACACCCCGAACAGUCGGUCAACUUCGCUGAGUUCUCCAAGAAAUGCUCCGAGAGAUGGAAGGGUCUGUCUCCCAGUGAUAAGAAGUGUUUCGAGGACAUGGCGAAAGCCGACAAGGUUCGUUACAACCGAGAGAUGAGAGACUACGUUCCCCCCAAAGGCUUCGGGAAGAGGGGCCGCAAGAGGAAAGACCCCAACGCUCCCAAGAGACCACCGUCUGCAUUCUUCGUGUUCUGCAGUGAGUACCGCCCCAGUGUGAAGCAGCAGUACCCCGGCCUGUCUAUAGGAGACUGUGCCAAGAAGCUCGGAGAGAUGUGGAGCAAACUGUCUCAGUCUGAGAAGCUCCCCUACGAAGAGAAGGCUCAGAAGCUACGAGAGAAAUACGACCGGGACAUGGUGGCCUACCGCGGCGGCGGCACAUAUGCCAGGAACCCCGGCUCUUCAGCUCAGGGAGGAGAGGAAGAGGAUGAUGAUGAGGGAGAGGAUGAAGAUGAGGAGGAGGACGAUGACGAGUAGAUGCCACGAGCUGCAGCUGAGAGAGAGACGUGUGUGUGUGUGUGUGUGUGUGUGUUUCAGAGCCAAGGUGAGGCUCUGCUAGCUGCUCAUUGGCUGACAGGUGAGGGUGGAGCAAGUCAGGACCAGCUGUUUCCUGUUACCACGGUAACGGAGAUGAUGCUGCUGAUAGGACAAACAGGAAACAGUGUUACGCCCCCUUCAGGACGUUUAUGUCACAUGAUCACAUUUCAUA